AUGAUCAGCAAUCAAGAUAUUAAAAACAUUUGUAUUUUUUGUGGAUCUAGAACAGGUACAGACCCAUUGUUUGUAACAAAGACUGAACAACUCGGACAAGAGAUGGCCAAGCGUGGCUACGGUCUUGUCUAUGGUGGUGGAAACGUCGGUUUGAUGGGUGCCAUCUCACACGCCGUCUUUAACGGUGGUGCUUCCGUCAAGGGUAUCAUUCCCCACGCUCUCUCACAACGUGAAGUGUCUGGUGUCACUGUAGGCGAAGUAGAGUUUGUCGAAGAUAUGCAUACUAGAAAGAAUCUCAUGUAUAAGUUGUCUAAUGCUUUUAUCGCUCUUCCAGGUGGUUUUGGUACUUUUGAUGAAUUAUUCGAAUGUUUAACAUGGAUUCAACUUGGUAUUCAUGCCAAGCCAGUUGAGGAUGCCUCAAAGAAGGGAUUCAUCGACGAAAGAUUUGUCACUAGCAUUGUAUUCUCUGACGAUCCAGUUGAUUUAUUAAAUAGAAUUGAAACUGCUGCUCCAGUUAAAUCUGUUUUAGAUUGGCAUGAUGUUGUACCAAAGCCAUAA